AAGAGACAUCCAGACUUCCCCAAAAGGCCCUUGACUCCUUACAUCCGAUUUUACAAGGAGCAGAGGGUCAGUUACUCCCAAAUGCAUCUUGGGAUAAGCAAUCAGGAGCUGACCAAGCACCUAGCUGAGAAAUACAGGCAGCUCCCACAGGAGGAAAAGCAGAAAUACGCUGAGGAGUACCGGAAGGAGAAACAGGAGUUUGAAGAGAAGCUGGCUCAGUUCAAGAGAAACCACCCUGGCCUGGUCCAGAACUCCAGAAAGGCCGGUGGUUCCAAGAGGCGCCAAACCAAAGCCCCAAAGAAGGUACAAGGAAACGUGGAAAGGGCGAGGUCUCCGCGCGGGACGGAGGCAUUUGGCGAGAAUGUGACAUUGCGUGAAGAGCCCAAGAAGCCCCCCAUGACUGGAUAUCACAAGUUCCACGAAGACUGGUGGUCAAGCGAGGAGCUAAAGCAUCUGCCCCCGAGGGAGCGCUGGGUGGAGAUGAGCAGGCGCUGGCACCUUGUGCCUCCGGUCUUGAAAGAACAUUAUUCGAGGCAGGCCGAGGGGCUACAGAAACAGUACUGGGUGGAUCUGGAUCUCUGGCUCCAGAGCCUGUCGCCUCAGGAGUACGCUGCCUACAGAAAGAGAAGCUACGGCAAAGGGAAGAUCGUGACCACGGCAGGAGACCCAAACCCCAGGUUCGCAAAAGCAGACAGGCUGCCCUCACCAGCCAGGCGUCUGCCGGAAGCACCGCGGGGAGGAGAAGGCGCACAAGGCUGGAAGGAUGGCUCCCUCGGAGAAGGCGCCCAGCAGCCACCAUCACCAGCAGGGCUCAUCACCGCAGCGAAGGGAAUCCCGGAGGAGGAGGCAGGAGGCAGCUCCUGGGACUCCAGCAGUGGGGAUGAGCGUGACGAUGGGGGCUCGUCCUCCUCAGGGGAGUCCUCAGCCAUGGACGUCAUCUGAGCCCGGCUCGCACCCGACAUUGUUAGCGACAACCCCCACCCCACCCCCUCCAAGGCCGGGA